UUGGGGUAAGACACCAAGGAAUAGAUGGACACAAGCAGAUACACAGGAGAGCAAUGAGUUUCCACCGUCAUCAGCCUUCAUCGUCCUUGAGUUUUUGGCAGCCUUCUGCUUUGAUCAGUCAGAGCCAAAUCCCACAGUUUUUCCUCUGCAGACUGCAAGGUGUGCUCGUGGUGGCUGGUGUCCCUCACCAUGCUCUGUGGUAGUAAACAUUGGAAGAGAUGUUAAGUGGCAUGCGGCAGGGAAAUAUCUAACCUCUUAGGUGUUUACUUAAUUUUGACUUGAAGAAUGAGCCUUAGAUGUUGUUUUCUUCCAAGUACCCAGUAGUUCUGUCACCUUGCAGGCUGUGAGGGUGAAAGCUGAGGAGGCUGAUACAGAAAAUAUUGAGUAACAAAACCCGAAGAGGGUGCAAUAGUUUUGGUGUUUGAUGUAUCCACACAACAAGGCCUGAGUAAAAGGAUUGAAGUGGAUCUAGGACAAAUGGAUGACUGAAUAUUCAUAUGAAGAGGAAAGCCAUAAAAGACAUCAGCGCCUUUGAGAACAGAAUGUUAAUGCUUGAUGGGAUGCCGGCAGUCAGAGUCAAAACAGAGCUGCUGGAAUCCGAGCAAGGGUCUCCAAACGUCCACAACUACCCAGAUAUGGAUGCUGUACCUUUGUUACUAAACAACAUGAAGGCCGACCCCACGGAGGAUUCAUUAUCUACAGAUCAUUUCCAAACACAGACUGAACCAGUGGACUUGUCAAUAAACAAAGCCAGGUCGUCCCCUACAGCAGCUUCAUCGUCACCAGUUUCCAUGACAGCAUCAGCCUCCUCCCCUUCUUCUACUUCGACUUCUUCUUCUUCCAGUCGGCCUGCUUCAUCCCCCACAGUAAUAACAUCAGUCUCCUCAGCAGCAUCUGUACCAUCAGUAUUAACUCCAGGUCCUCUUGUGGCCUCUGCAUCUGGUGUUGGAGGCCAGCAGUUUUUGCACAUUAUCCAUCCAGUACCACCUUCAAGUCCCAUGAACUUGCAGUCCAACAAAAUGAGUCAUGUGCACCGUAUCCCUGUGGUGGUACAGUCGGUACCUGUAGUCUAUACAGCUGUGAGAUCACCUGGGAAUAUGAACAACACUAUAGUAGUACCAUUGCUGGAGGAUGGGAGAAGCCAUGUCAAAGCACAAAUGGACCCCCGAGGCCUAUCUCCCAGACAAAUUAAAAGUGACAGUGAUGAUGACGACCUGCCAAAUGUGACCUUAGAUAGCGUUAAUGAAACUGGAUCUACAGCGCUCUCCAUAGCCAGAGCAGUACAAGAAGAGAGCAUGUGGGGCUGUGCCAGGUCAGCUGUUAACCCUUUUCGUUUUUUCAACUCCAGUUCAAUUUCACCGUUCAGUAUUGAGAGCACAAGGCGUCAGAGGAGGUCUGAGUCUCCAGACUCCAGGAAGCGGCGCAUCCAUCGGUGUGACUUUGAGGGAUGCAACAAAGUGUACACGAAAAGCUCCCACCUGAAGGCUCACCGGAGAACGCACACAGGAGAAAAACCCUACAAAUGUACCUGGGAAGGCUGCACCUGGAAGUUUGCUCGAUCCGAUGAACUGACGAGGCAUUACCGCAAGCACACGGGAGUGAAGCCAUUCAAGUGUGCAGACUGUGACCGCAGCUUCUCCCGCUCGGAUCACUUGGCGCUCCACCGCCGCAGGCACAUGCUGGUUUGAGAAACGCUACCUGUUCCAGCCGAGUUUAAGAGCUGGGUCUCUUAACUACCCACAGUGAAUUCAGCAGGGCUGAAUCCCCCUCUACAGUGUUAACAGGCAGGGCUUUCCCUGAUGUCUGUAACAAGAAAUAAUAGCAGAAAUUUUAAAAAAGCAGGAAAAGAAGUGCCACUCUUCUCCUCGCCAUCUGAAGUUAACCCUGUCUGCCCCUCAGCAUGGCUACCCCCUGAAAGUGUCAUCACAAUCACCUGGGAAAUAGCAGCCGAGAUGCUACAGGAAUGGGCAUUAUUUUACAUGCUGCAUCCUUUGACAAAAAAUGUUUAUAGCUUGUAUGUUUUCUCAGCUGCCAGACAUUUUGUUCCUGAAAAAAAUCACUGCUGAUUGGAGGAUAGAUAUCACAAACUGAUGAUGAUGAUGAUGAUGAUGAUGAUGAUGAUGAUGAUGACAAUGAUGAUGAUGAUGAGAGCAAGACCGCUAUAUCUGUAUUAUGCCAUCUUUUCCCCUUGUUUCCAGUACCAUCUGGCCGGUGUCCACACUGCACCGGAGCUGUGCUACAGACAAGCUGCGUGUGAGUAGGCAAGAAGAUUCUGCUGGAGAGGUCCCACUGCUGGAGCUGGAGGGUUGCUUGAUCAGACUUUUGCAAUAAUGAUGGUGGCAUUUUUAAUAUCAUACCACAAUUUGUCAUUAUGCCCUAGAGGACACCAGCCAUUUAACCUUUUUCUUUUAUCUUUUUUUUCCCCCUUCUUUUCUUUCAUUAUUGUUGUUGUUGAAGUCUGUAAAAUAAGCAAAGGGCAGCAGCAUCUCUGCUGAAAUAUCAUAUUAAGUAUCUGUAUUUUACCAUGGACUUAUUUAGAUCCAUUUUCUGAUUUGUGUAGAAAGAGCCCACCUAAAAACUACUACCCUAUUCUCAAUGUGCCGUUUUCUUUCAUGCAGGUAUCCUCUUCCCCACAGCCAUUAUUUGAACCCAAGGAAGUAGUCAGAUCUUGUACUUGCUGGUACCAAGGUUAGUGGUAUAGCCAUUCAUGAAAUGGAAUUGAAUGUAUCAUCAAAACAAAACAGAGAAGAAACGGCUGCAUCUCUUGCAGAGAAAAAAGCAAUAAUGAAUAAAAUGGCUCUUGAGACAAUAAUUUACUCCGCACCAACAGAAGUGAGGGGUAUGCAGAAACAGCAUAAAAAAUUUAAGCAUUUAAGUUUAUCUUUUUGCUGGUUUCACUGACCUGCUAGGUGCCACAAUUAAGUACUUCUUUUUCCUUUAACAUCAUACUUGUGUCUGAAAAGCAGGAUAGAUAAAGGAAAGAGUUGAUUGUUGAGGAGGUAGUAGAUGAACUGUAAGUAGGCCAGAGAAUUAUUUCUGCAGUGGUGCUCUGCAAGACAUUAUAUUUCUCCCUGGGAGUUAGGGAAUAACAAGAUUUUGCCAGCUGUCUAGUAGGAUAUAAAUGGCCCUCUGUAUGGGUACCAGUGGCUGCCUCUGCUGGGAUUUUCAAUCCAAGCCUUUUCAGAUUAAAUAAAAGAAAAUUCUUGAUCAUUCCCAUACAGCCCUAUAAUUGCAAACCAAUUUGUAUUAAUUUAAUUAUGUAGGAAAGAGAGAAACUCUUAGUCAUCAGUUAUUCAUGCAAACAGAAUAGUGUUUUUCUGUUUUCUUUCCUCACAAGGAUCUGCCUAUUCAGCUAAAUUUGACAAAGGGGAGGCUUGGCAAUAUUUUCCAAGUGUUGAGAUUUUCAUAGCUUAGAGAUGAAAGAUGUAAACAUAAAGGUCUUUUGCAAUGCAUUUAAUUAUGAAUAUUUUGUUCCAUGAACUGCACAGAUUAAAUUUGUGAUGCCACUUGUUUGUUUUUAAAUGUUUGACUAUCUCAGUUAAUAUCAGAUUCCUGAAGUAAAUGUAGUAAUGUUGGGGGAAUUCUGAAAUCAAGGUAAUCUUUAAGAAAAAACAACACAGAGGACUCAUACAGAUACAAAAGCAAUUACAGUUAAUUGAGGAUUAAUAUGACUGGGAUAAUACCUUAUAAUAGCAUUCACAAGACCCUGGAGUUUGAUUGUCUUUAAAUAUCCUUAAAAUUCCCCAGUAUGGGUAGUUUAUCAGCUCUCUGAAAGAACUUACUACUGUUAAAGGUCAGGCUUCCCACUGCUGAAUGGCCAGCAGAGAAACUCAACACAAAUUAUUCACAGCUGUUGUGGGAAAAAUGCCUCUAUCCAUUCCCAUUGGCCAUGUCAGUGAUGUACUUCCACCAAAUUCGAUGACAUUCUAGAACCCAUCUCCAAAUCAGGGACAGAGCAGGGCUUCUUAGGCAUUGCAGGGCAGCAGAACUGUGUCUUUACCAGCAGCAUUACUACUGUGGAUUUAAAAAACUGGUUGUCAAAGUAUUGUGUGUGAGGUGUUUCAUGGAUUAUGUCUGAGGUCUGUUUUUUGUGUACUUGAAUAUCAUCCCCUUAAAUGCAUCUGUCAUUGUUAGCAUUUGGGGAAAGAAGUCAGGUCAGGUAGAACUCCAUUGAUAAAAUUUUUUCCUGCCCAAGCAUAUUUUGCCAACUAAUUAUUUGAAUAGCAGUAAUUCAGUUGAAGAACCAAUAGCAUACAGAAUUCCUUUGGGGAUCUGUGAUUUUUUUUUUCUUCUCAUAGAAAAUCAUGUUUGCUUGAGCAGAAACUCUUACUGGGCAUUCUGUCGGCAUACAGGAGGAUGUGAUGUUACUCUUAAAGGCAGGGUGCAACUGGGAGAGAUGAGUGUUCCUCUUUAGGCUUCCCCUGUAGUCAAUGAAGACAGAAAAACAACAAGAGAAAUGGAGAGGCCUUAAAUUUUAGCAUUCAGCUUUGAAAUGCCUGUGGAGAAGCAUAUGUGUGACAGACCCUGGAGAGGCUCAUCUCCCAAGGCUGAGGUUGGUCUGUGUGAAUCCCUGGUUUUUCAGCUGGUUGCCUGUUAUUUUAUGCGUUGGAAACACUGCAACAGAAAGAGGGUCUGGUUUUAUUGAAAGAACCCCAAAGUGAUAGAGGGUUAAAACAGCACUAAUGCCAGGGGUCACAGGCACAGAGUGUGGCAGUGGUAGGAGAAUGAAGCCAAAAGGUAAAGGAGCGUGUGCUACAUUUUGUUAUUUCACAGGUAGGAAUGACGUCCUCAACCUCCAGCACAUGCUCAAGGGCUUCUCAUGCUGCUGUCACCUGUAGGUGACUUGCACAACCAGCAGUAGUCCACCACUGGGUUUCAAGUACACAGUAUGGUUCUUGAUGAGGUUCUCAUUCAUACCAGCACCUGCAGGCUUUGAUCCCAGUUACUCUGUGGGGUUGUUUUCUGGUUUUUGUCCCCUUCAGAAGUAUUUUAAGAGAAGUUAUUUGGUAGGAUGGGGGUGUUUGAAUGUGGAGCUGGUGUCCCCCAGAUACUCAGUGUGUCUUUGCCUUUAUUGGCUGUGGUUCAGACCUGCCAAGUUGCUGUGCUCAUACAAAGACCAUGGGCAAUUGCUCCAGGGUAGCUUCCUCAAAAAUCCUGGUACCCCGCCACAGGUCUCUGACAUUUCAUGGCUGUGGCAAAGGCUUACAUCAUGUGUAGCAUGCAGAAAUACCAGAUCUCUUCCUGACACAAUCCAGUAGGUCCAUCUUAGUUGAACAGUGAGGAUACACAAAUAUACAAAUAUACAGUGUCCCAGACAGAGAUUUCAGUCCACCAUGUCAUGAUAUUGCACCUUACGGCUUGCAAGGGAAAUUAUGUCGUGAAUUGUCAGAUUUCAUGUACUUUCAAAAGUUCUAAACGGAUUUGUCAGGAAACCUCAGAAGCCAACUUUUUAGGAAAAUAUAAUUAGGAAAAAGCUUUGAUACAGAACUUUUAAAAAUUUUAAUUGUGUCACUAUUUUUUGAGUGCCCCUUAUAUUCAGCACUGUAAAAUUGGCUCAUUGCAACAGCAGUUUUUACUUGGGGAUGAAGAUGCAGUAUUCCUUAUUCUCUCUCAUGCUUACAUAAUUAAUUAAAUAGUUUUAGACUGACUUGUAUAUAUAAUUAUUUGCUGGAGUAAUGUAUAACAAAAUUAACAGUGUUGAAAAUUACGUCAGUGAUGUUGACAUUUGGUAAACUUGCAGUGCAGAGCAUGGACAAAUAGCUGGACAGCCUUUCUCCCCUUUAAUAAUGAGAAUAACAGUGAUCAUAAGUCUCAUUUUCCAUUAGCCACAUUGAAAAUGUAUCUAGUUGCCAUUUAUAAAUUUAUCUUCUGAUAAUAAAUGCUGUUUAAUGUAAAAAAAUCUCUUUCUCCUUUAUUGAAGGUGGGUAUCUCAAAAUCAGAGUAAGUGUGACUAAUAAUAUCUCACUUACUUUUUAGUUUGAAUUUGGGUUUGGAAAGGUCACUGUAUGAAACUACAUCUUCCACAGCAGUCAAGUCUUAAGAUCGUUCAGUAAAUCCAUGCUAUUCCCACAGGCUCAUCCUUACACUCAUGCAUGUGAACCCCAGCAUUUCCAAGUGUCUCUACCCAUGUGCAGGUAAUAAACAAGUUUACUUAAAAUUUAGGGGAAAAAAAC